AUGCACUUCGGAAGAGGCAGCUUCCUUUGGAAUGAGAGUCGUUCGGGGCAUUCGGCGUCAAGGAGACAGCGCUGGCUGAAGGUGUUUCAGUCCAUGCGCAAGGCCGCGGUGGCGCGAUCCCGGAUCGAUGAGCCGCUUGAGGAGUCCACUGGUACCACGCCUGGCUCACUCCAGGCGGGAGGGACCCAGAGCGAACUGCCCAAGCUCGGCACCCCAGUGCUACUCUUCUACUACGUGCAACGCCAUCAGCCGGAUGUCGCUAUGGCUGUCACCGGAGACAGUGGAACGAAGAACUGCUUUGACGCUGCAUCUUUGUGCUGCGCUCAUGCGAAGGCUCGCAACAUGGGCAUUGAGGCUACAGAUCAGCAUCUUCAGAGGAUGGAGGAAGUGCAAUCGACCACGCCGCCGAAGUUUUGGCUGAUGUGCCCGGACGACGGGGAUUGCGUUUGGUUCAGGAAGCCGGGCGGGGAAUUCAUCUACAAGAUGCUGGCGAGAAACCCAUGGGAUGUGGCCUGGGAAAUUGAUGACACAGCAAGUCAUUUGAACGGCGUGCCACAGGAGGCCUGGGAUGCAGUGCGCACUGCCUGGCUGCGGCAGCCGCCGGUCUUCGAAGGAAGACCGGUGUCGAUGCAGGACUUGGCCAACUUCAUGCGCGAGACCUUGCGGCGGGAUCCCUUCUGGACGGGUGGCCAGAAGGUCCCCUGGGUCGACCUCCGCAAAGGCGGAGGAGGUACUGUGCACAGCAGCCGGAAGGCAGUGAUCCUGAACCAGCGACAGCUGGCCUUUUUGGUGGUGAACAGCCUCAUGGGCAACAAGCUGAUGGGUGUUGAGACAGGCUUGGAUGCAGCCAUUCAGCGGUGCAACAAGAAGCCAGAUUGGCCAGGUCUGACGCAGGACACGCUGCACUCGCUGCUGGCCUUCCUCGCGGUGCUGUCCCGGGAGCUCACGAACUGGGAUGGCAACUACUUGGUGGUAGCAACCCCGGGCCCCGUGAACGAGAACUGGCUCUCCCAGCUUCAGGCCCAUACCAUGAACCACCCCACCCUGUGCAACACCGCCAACCUCGAGGCCGGGGAUUGCGGGCUCGCGGACUUCAUGGCCGGCGGAGUGCCGCAGCAGGCGCUCACAGACAUCGCCGGCAUGGAUGUGGGUGGUGGCGCCCAGCUGUGCCACGUGGCCAACAGCCAGGACGAGUCGCUGGUCAUUUUCUACCCCGAGGUUCUGGCUGCGUCCAUCUUUGUCGGGGACCAGCAGAUGCUCCCGGUGCCCUUGACGAUGCUGGGCGCGCGGAGAUACUUGAACACCAUCAAUGGUGAGACGGGCGCCGGCCCGCCUUUCAACAACCUUUGCGGCAAGGUAGAGGAGCCAGACUUCUUGAACUCUAACAUGCUGAAGGCCGUUGUGAAGACUCAGGUGUCGCUGACACCGGUGAGCGUUCCCGCCAGCGCCUUUGUGGCAGUGGCUUCCUACUGUACCGACUGCCACAGGGGAGAUUGUUCAGAGCCGGAGCUCUUCAACAACCAGUGUGACAACCAGCGUCGGCACCUGGACCAGGACUGA